GGGUCUCCGUCCACGCCCCGCCGUUCUAAGGACGCCGACGGGCAAGGACCUUCGCGCCCAGCUUCUGGGGCCCACCCAGGCACAGGCGGUCCUGGGGCCGCGGCGGAGGCUGGUGGCUCCAGGAUCUUCCUGGAGGGGCGAGAGGGAGACCUUGGAAAGGGGGAAGAAGAUGUCUAGAUGAGUGGAAGCUGUCUUGGGAAUUGAUUUCGCGGGGGUGGUACAUAGGGAGGGGUGAUGUUAAGAAAGGGAAGAGAGAGAUCGAGAGGAUGAAGAAUGCUCAGGGGAGUGAGAAAUCCGGGGAGCCAGGAAAGUUUCCAAAGAGGGGGCGGGAGGCCGAGCUGGAGAGGAAAAAAAAUCAGACCCUUAGAGAGAAGGAAGAGGUGGGACAGGGAAAGCAAGGGAAUGUAAGUGUGAGAAGGGAAGAUACUGAGAAAGAAGAAAGGGAAAUAAAGAAAAAGUAAAGAAGUGAUGGGAGACCCGCCCCCCUCACCCCCAGAAAAAGAGGCAGAGGUGGAGGAGACCUUAAAGAGGAUCCAGAGUCAUAAAGGGGUUAUUGGAACUAUGGUUGUAAAUGCAGAAGGUAUUCCCAUCCGAACAACCUUGGACAACUCAACAACUGUUCAAUAUGCAGGCCUUCUUCAUCACCUGACAAUGAAAGCCAAAAGCACAGUUCGUGAUACUGAUCCUCAGAACGACCUGACUUUUCUUAGGAUCAGAUCAAAGAAACAUGAAAUCAUGGUAGCUCCAGACAAGGAAUAUCUUCUGAUUGUCAUUCAGAAUCCAUGUGAAUAGACCUGCAACGGCCAAGGCUGUCUAAGCGACACUGGGUUGGAAACACUUGGCUCUCUCAUGAGUAUUAAAAUUCUGUUUCAAUCUAACUGACCUUUCAAACAUUCUUUUCUAUUUCUACAUCUAAACUGUUCUGCAUGUCUCAUUUAGUCUCUUUUGAUUAUAUUGUGAAGUUGUACUUGAGUGAUACAAUAAAUGAAUUCUGGUA